AUGGCUGACAAUUCCGCAGUCGUGGGGACGACAUCAUUGAUCCCUCCCACAAGGGACCCAUUACUGUCUACAUUGCUCCCGGCAAGUUCGGAGGGCGCCGGCAGCGUCUGGACAAAGAUUGCGGAGUCUGGUCUUAGCGGAGGAAAGUGGGCCGUGGAGACCCUCAUCGCCAACGGCGGAAAGCACCAUGUUACCCUGCCCACAGCAUUGGCUGCUGGAGACUAUCUUCUGAGAGCCGAGAUCAUUGCUCUUCACGAGGCAGAAACUGAUUAUCCCGUCAACCCUGCUCGCGGAGCUCAAUUUUAUCCAUCUUGCUCGCAGUUCAAGGUCACCGGUUCAGGAACUGUUACCCCUCCCGGCACCUUUGGCUUCGUCGGCGGUUACUCCCACAAUGAUCCUGGAAUCCUCUUCAACUUGUAUAAUGGUGCGACUAGCUAUACAAUCCCUGGACCCGCUGUCUGGGAUGGAAAAACUGGUGGCUCUGCUCCUGCUCCCUCUUCGACAGCUGUUGUUCCUUCUACCACUCGGAGUGUGACCACUGCUCUGGCCGCUACCACCGCGCCAGCAGCCACCUCUGUUUCCGCUCCGGGGCGGACUAGCUCCGCCAUCGUUCCCGCGGCCUCCUCACCCACCAAGCCGGCAGGAGAUAACUCCGGCAUAGUUGCUAAGUAUUACCAGUGCGGUGGAAAGAUUCACACUGGCGGAACCAACUGCGUCGCCGGCACCAAGUGCACGUUCCAGAACGAGUACUACUCUUACUGCUUGUAG